GGCAUGUGCAGGGCGACCCUCUGACUCGGAGCAGCACAUGUGUGUUUGGGGGAGUGACUGGGCUCUGCAUCCUGCUUUACAGCGCAACGGCGAGUGUGUUUCUGUGUGUGCGUGUUGUGUGUCUGCGAGUUGUGCUUCCUGUCAGAGUGAUUUCAAGAAUGAAAAGGGGCAAGAAGACAGAGGAGGCGGCUGCCGAGGGAGAGAAUGACUCGGGCUCAGAAACUACUACAAAGAAAACUAAGAAGACCAAGGAACCAGAGGCUCCGAUACUGUACGACGAUCCUCCCGACAAGACGACCAGCAAAGACGGACGCAGCCCCAACAUGAAGAUCACCUCCUGGAACGUGGAUGGGCUGAGGGCGUGGGUGAAGAAGAAGGGCCUGGACUGGGUCCGCGAGGAGGCCCCGGACGUGCUGUGCCUCCAGGAAACCAAGUGUGGGGAGAAAGCCCUGCCGGCGGACAUCACGUCCAUGCCCGAGUACCCGCACAAAUACUGGGCCGUGUCCGACGAGAAGGAGGGCUACAGCGGCGUCGCCAUGCUCUGCAAGACUGAACCCAUCAAAGUGACGUAUGGAAUUGGAAAAGAAGAGCACGACAGCGAGGGCCGCGUCAUCACUGCCGAGUUCCCGAACUUCUACCUCGUCACCGCCUACGUCCCUAACUCCGGCCGAGGCCUCGUCCGGCUCGACUACCGCAAGACCUGGGACGUGGACUUCCGCAACUACCUGAGCGAGCUGGACGUGCAGAAGCCCCUGGUGCUGUGCGGCGACCUCAACGUGGCGCACCAGGAGAUGGACCUGAAGAACCCCAAGGGCAACAAGAAGAACGCCGGCUUCACCCCGGAGGAGCGCGAGGGCUUCAGCCAGCUGCUGGAGGCCGGCUUUGUCGACAGCUUCCGCGACCUGUACCCGGAGCAGACCAACGCCUACACCUUCUGGACCUACAUGAUGAACUCCCGCUCCAAGAACGUGGGCUGGAGGCUGGACUAUUUCGUGCUGUCGUCCUCCCUGCUGCCGGGCCUGUGCGACAGCAAGAUCCGGAACCAGGCCAUGGGGAGCGACCACUGCCCCAUCACCCUGCACAUCGCCGUGUAGGGAGACGACGUAACGCCGGAACUCUCCGGAUCCAUCAUGGAAGCCAGUAUUUCAUCAGCCAACAGCAGGUCUAGAUUUGCUCCUUUUUAGUUAAAGUUAGUUGUUUAGCAUCGCUGAUGAAAUCUUCCAUGAAGUAGCCCAUGUCUUUGUCCUGCACAUAAAAGUUUCAGUAAAUCUUGUGACAUAAAGCCCCAAAUUCUGUUUAAGAUGCAACACUAAAUAUUUUACAUGUAAGAUGAUUUUUUUCUGGACCCCAACUGUUUCUUUUACGAUUUGAAAUGACACCAAUGGUUUAAGCUUAUUUUCCUACCCGCUGUUAAACGGUCUAAAACCUGCUGACGUUUGCAAAUAAAGACUGAGUUUAUAGAA